GCCGCGCCCAUGCUCCUGCCCCCCACCCUCUUGCCGCAUUGCAGAUAUGAUCGGUAAUUGUGAUCUGAGCUCACAGUGACACAGUCCUUAGGCGACAUAGCGCUAACGCGUGGAUUAGUCUCUCCUCCCAAUUGUGGUCUGAGAGUCUUUUGUGGCUGUGCGCUGGCUCACUAUUGUGUUGAAAGCAGGCGAGCCUGUAGCCCUGAGGAAGAGGAAGUCGUAGAAGCUGACUCGAUCCGUGGCAGGUUGGGGGACGCUGACCGAGGUCUUUAGGUCCGUUGGUGCAGCAGAGUUCAAGGCUAAGAGUGGAACACUGCUUCUGAUCCCUGCAGGAAGAAGCAAGAAAAAAAAACUACACAUGGAAAAUGUCCCCCAGGAAAUCAAACAAGGGGAGCAGGCUCCAGUGCAGAAUGAAGAAGAUGCAGGCCCUUUGGGAGGCGGUGAAGGCCAGGAGCCUGUAGGAAAUAUUAGAGGGGAUUGGGCUCUACCUGCCCAGGAUUUUAGAGAGGAUAUGCCCAAUAGGCUUGUCCAUAACAUUGACAUGAUAGAUGGAGAUGCAGAUGAUAUGGAACGGUUCAUGGAGGAGAUGAGAGAGCUAAGAAGGAAAAUUAGAGAGCUUCAGUUGAGGUACAGUCUGCGCAUUCUUAUAGGAGAUCCCCCACACCAUGACCAUCAUGAUGAGUUUUGUCUUAUGCCUUGAAUGCUAUAAGGUUAAUAAUCAUAAACCUCCUGAUUCCCAAACUUGCAUUUUUCUUGAUGUACUUAUUACUGUGAACCUUUCGUGUUCUGUCAUUUUUCUCAUUGGAGAUUUCAUUUUGACUUAGUCUGUAACUUUUUCUGUCAGCAGGGAAGUUUCAUCAACUUGCAUGGAAAGAUGUUUAAUAAAUAUCGUAAAUAAAACAGUUUAAAAAGCA